CAGUCGACACUCCCACGGUUCCGAGUUCGAGACCUCGCGACGGCACGCCAGUAAGAAAACGUCCGGAUUCUACGGCAGGAAGCAAUACAGGUCAAGCAACAAAAAGCGAGUGGAGCCAUGAAGACCGCAGGGGGCGCGCCGUGUCUGCUGUUGCUGUGGCUGGGGGUGGGACUCCUCUGCUUGGGGGCGCACGCCGCGCCGCCGCAGAGGGGCCCGGCCAACACGUUGGACUACGUGCGCGACGCGAUCGUGUCGCUGGUGCGCGUGAUGCACGACACGGGGGACAAGCUGGAGCGGCACGAGUACCGCGAGCGGCAGCUGGGCGAGCAGCUCAAGAAGUCGCUGGCCAACCUGGGCAAGCGCGCCGUCUCCACCGACGCGGCGCUCGACUCGCUCGCCUCAGCCAUCGCCAUCCUGGACGACCGCAUGCGCAGGUCGGAGCAGGAGGACAGGCUGCGCGAGGAGCGGCAGGCUGAGCAGCUGCGGCGGCUGCAGGCGGGCCUGGAGCGCCUGGAGUCGUGGCAGAAGGUGGCGGAGGAGGCGCUGCGCUCUCAGAACAAGGUGCAGGCCUCUUCCGAGGAGGACGGCCCGGCCGCCGCCAAAGCCGCGGAGGCCGCCGCGCGGCUCGCGCACUCCGUCGACCGUCUCGAGGCCCGCAUCGCCAUGGAGCAGGCGGCCACGGAGCGCCCGUGCGCGCCGGCGGCGGCGGCCGUGCCCGCCGAGUGGCGGUCCGAGGUGCUGCAGGCGCUGGAGUCUCAGCGGUCGUCGCUGGAGGAGACGCGGCGGCUGGCGGGCGCGGCGGCAGAAGGCGCGCGCGAGGCGCGGCACGCCGUCCACCGCGAGCUGGAGAAGACCGCCAACGCGACGCUGGAGCGCCUGGAGGACGUGCGCCGCGAGCUGGCCGCCGUCACCUACAAGACCGCCGGCGUGCUGGAGGGCAAGCUGGCCGACGUGCGCGCCGCCGCCGCGCAGGACCACGAGGAGGUGGUGCGCGCCGUGUCCGAAGGCAACCAGGCGGCUGAGACGCUCUUCUCGGGCGUGACGGCCAGCUACGAGCAGCUGCGUUCCGAAGUGCAGGCGCUCGCCAAGGUGGAGAGGGUGCUCAUUCAGACGGCCGACAACGUGCUCGACACCAAGCGCCGCAUUGAGUACGGCGUCCAUCAGAUCCUGCUGCAGGUAGGAGAUACAGUCAAGAUCCAUUCCAAAGACCUGAACAACACCUUCAAUCGGCGUUUCGAUGACAUUUCGGCAACAAUCUUGGAUAACCAGACAGGCGCUUUGGCGAACCUGAGCUCAAAGAUCGAGCAGGAGAUCAGCCAGGUGUGGCGCCAGAUCGGCACCAUGUACAACCAGCUGUCCGCCUCCACCACGGCGCUGGAUCGGCUGCAGCAGCAGACGGAGCAGUACGUCAACGGCAGCCUCCACACCAUGGACAGCAUGGAGGGCAAAGUCGGGGAGAUCACCAGCCGGAUGAGCGUCGUCGACGACAACCUCAACUACCUGCUCAAGAGACUCGCUUUCGUCGGCUCCGAGUUCAACGAUGUCAAACAAGGGCUAGGGGAAGCUCUGGAAAACAUCAGGUCGAGCUUCCUCGAAGCACAGAACAAGAUAAAAGAACUCAGUCCAGGCCCCCAUGAAAUCCCGGAUAGGAAUCUGAACCUCGGUCAACAAAAUGCCAAGUAACACUGCUACAUGAUGACUAUGACAUCAAACAUUGAGUCAACUUCAUGUAGUAACCUUGAAGAAUGAAUGGUGGUUUUUACUGUCGGAAACAAAGUCAGGAAAAAUUACCACCAGACACAGAAUUAAUGGCUCUUUGGAGCUCCUGUGAAGAUAUCAACGUUAGUACUCCACUGUAGGGCCACAUGUAUCACUGCAAUCUAACUUUAACGUAGUAUUUUUGUAAAUAUUUAUGUGACUUGUCUUUAUGUAGAGUAACAGGCAAGAUUUCUUACAAUAAUUUUUAUUGAACUCACAAAUAGUUAACAGGUGCAACUUAUUAUAACCGUAAGUAUUCCAUUUUUGGUUUGUACUUACCAUAUAAUUUCGGAGGAGAUAAGACUUUUGCUUUUUUGUAGCAUGCAACAGCUCUAGUCUCUGUAUUCUCUCAGAGAUGCCUUAACCUCAGUCAACACUGUGCAGGUGCACUGUGAAGAAGACUUCAUUAUUCUAACACUGCAGUUAUAUAAUAUCUGAUGUCCUAAAUGUGAAUGGCUUGUGAUUUGUAAAGCCCUGCUCAUCUGUAUAACAUAUUCUGUCCACAAUUGUGCUUCAAGACUUCAUGUACAGUGCAAUUUGAGCUGAGAUAAAUAAACUCCACUGGACAUA